AUGGCUUUCCUCGUCUCAUUGAUCACCUCGGCUCCACCAGAAUACACUGGAACGUGUACAGUUGAUACGGAUUGCUAUCCGAAUACACAACAAAAAUGUUCUGAUUUUGGCUAUUGCAUGGGUCCAAACAAGGAAUGGCAAUGUCCAAAUGGAUUGGACAGCGAAUGUCCAUCAGGAUGGAAAUGUUCUUUGAAUGGAAAUGGAAAGGGUGUAGGCUGUGGAAUGUCUGGAAAGCAU